AUGGAAAUCAGAGAAGACAGUUUGUUGGUGGCAGUGUACCGGCUCCCUGCUGGCUCCGGGCACUCGCUGUCGGUGUUGCUUUCCUACAUCUCAGGACCAACCCAGUUCCCAGAGUUCUCUGUGGUCUUAAUGCUGGAUGACAUCCAGGUGGGGUACUAUGACUCAGACACCGACCAACUGAUAAAGGUUGAUGGUGGAGGUGAGAAAGGGGCGGAGCUUGACCUGGGACAGUUAGCUUUGAAUGUGCUGCAGUACAAUAUGAUGAGUAUGAGGAUCAGGUUGGACAUAGUCAGAAGACGGCUGAACCUGACCGCUCCAGGCAUCUACGUUCAACAGAGGAUGUAUAUUUGUGGGGUAGAAGAAGUUGGUCAGCCUGCUUUCAUCAUGUCCAGAAAUGUUGCAAAUGGUCAUGAUGUCGACAGCAUCCUUUGUAACACGACCCACUUCCUGUACGGCGGUGGUGAAGGUUGGGAUUUCGAGUUUGACAGCAUGAGGAAGAUAUACGAGCAGAUGCGUUUCUCAAACAUCUACCUGCCCUUAUGUGCCCGGACUCUGCAACACCUACUGGAGAGCAACAAGCACCUGGUGAUGCGUCGUGUUCGACCUCGACUACGCCUCCUAUCACAGCCGGGGGGGGGCGGGGCCCAGAUCACCUGUCUGGCCACAGACUUCUACCCUCGACACAUCAACCUGACGCUGGUGAGGGACGGUGAAGCCGUGGAUGAGGAGGAAAUGACCGUUGGCUCGGUGCUGCCCAACGGCAACGGUCUCUACCAGCAGAGGAAGACGCUGAUGGUGGAUGAAGAGGAGCUGCAGAGGAAGCACAAGUACACCUGUGCAGCGUCUCACCUGAGUCUGGACAACCGGCUGGAUGUGAGCUGGAGGCCGGAGUCUUUCCGGUCAUUCAGAGUCCACGUCAUCUCUGCUCCCGUCGUCCUCUUGCUGGUUGUCGUCAUCCUGCUGCUGGUGCUGAUGAUGAAGAUGAGGAAGAGGUCAGGGUCAGAGCAAGCACUUCAUGAGGGAUCGGAGCCAGGGGUGGAGGACCGGGACGUGACUGCUCCACUGAAGAGACGGAUGAGAUUGUGA